ACAUUAAGUCGGGUUCCUGAAGAUAUUUAAUUUUUUGUGUAGUUUAAAGUUCAUCCGCUUGUAUACGCUAGUGUACUUGACGUAACUGAAUAAUACCAGAAUUUUGUUCAUUUAUUAUCUUUGGUGUUGUAUGCCGCCAUGUAUAAUAAUAAAUAACUAAAUAAAAACGAAAAUUUUUGUAUUUUAAAGGUUUCUGUUUUUAGUAAUUUGCAAACGUAUUUUUAGUAUUCCAUAAUUAUUUAUCUUAUAAAUGAAUCCCCCAAUUUAGUUGGGAAUCGAAUAAAUUUCAGGCUCUUCAGUUAUUUUUCAUGUUAUCCCAACAAUCCCAACAAUGAUUCAGCAGAAUUUGUCUAGAAAUUGCUCCGUACAUAUUGCAAGAUUUACAUUACAUUAGUAUUAUCCAUUAUGCCUCCAGAAACAAAACGUGGAGAGAGAAAAAAUUCGCUUUCAAGCCAGGCCCCACUCUCUCCGGGUCCAGUUCUCGACAUCAGCGAUGACGAACUAGUUUCAAUCUCUGUUCGUGAUUUGAACAGACAACUCAAGCUGAGAGGUUUGACCAGAGAAGAAAUAGUUCGCAUGAAACAGCGCAGACGUACUCUCAAGAAUCGUGGUUAUGCUGCAAGUUGCCGCAUUAAGCGUAUCGAGCAGAAGGACGAGUUGGAGACGGAAAAAUCCCAAGAGUACAGAGACAUGGAAGCAAUGCACGACAACAACAAUAGAAUGAGAGAAGAGGUGGAGACACUCAGAAUGAAGUACGAAGCACUAAAGAAAUUUGCCGCUCUCAAGAAAGUGCCUAUUCCUCCCGAACUGCAAUCUAUCGACUGAUUAUACACAAGGUCAACAGACACUGUGUUAAUUUACAGUGCUCUAAUGGAGGCUUGCAUCAAAGUUUGUACAUAUAAAGUAUAUUUUCAUUAUUUUUAUAUAAUUUUGAGUUGUGAAAAGUAUGUGACAAUUUUGAGCUUUAUUCAGGUGUGCACCCUUCAUUAAUAAUUCAAAACAUUGCACAUUUUGAGUAGUUCUUUAUUGCAAGGUUAUCUUUAAAUGUAUGAAAAAUUUUUUUUUGGAAGUAACUAUCACAAUUAUUUAAUUUUUCGAAAUAAAUUAUAGAUAUCACAAACCAGCUAAUGAUUUUCAUUAUUUUCACCCAUAUAGUAGUUUUACUAUCAGCUGAAAUUCCAUUCAAACAUUUUGUGCACUUUUGAAAGCAACUGUAAAAAAAAAAAGUCUGCCUUUAUCUGGGAAUAAACAUGUUAAAUGUCUGGUACACUCCCAGUUUCACACUAUAAAGUUCUAUAAAAAGUGACACGUUUAAAAUUUAUUAUCAUUAACAUUGGUUUUUAACAAGGUUAUUUACAGUCAGUGUUGGGGAGUAAUUAAUGUAAUUACAAGUUCUUAAAUUACUUUUCUUGUAACGAAACAAAUAAUUGUUUAAAUUGUAAAUAAUAUUGUAAUUUUUACUUAAAUUUACUCAUAAAGGUGAAAAGAGCAGUUGUUAC